AUGCACUUCUGUGGCGUGUUGCUGAUCUCCUGCCUGCUCUCCAUCGCUCUGCUCCACUGCAGCGACGCCUUCAGACUCCAGCAGCAUCCUCAGCACGUAGACCGGCUCUUCUCCAGGUCUCCUCCGGCGGCUCUCCGGUCUCGUCCCAGAGGAGCGAAGGCCGGGGAGGAGCUAACGGCGAAGCUGCUCCGAUUGGACGACCUGGUGAGGAUGGAGAACGACGUCAUGGAGCCGAAGAGGAAGAGGAGUUUCCCUGGAAACAACGCGCCGCUGGACCGCCUGUCGGUCAGCUCCAUGGAGACCAAACAGACGACCAACAAGCAGAGUAAGGUCGUCGAGCUGCCGCGACGACGAGCCAACCCGCCUCCCAUCGACAGGAUCGGGAUGAGUCGUCUACCAAACGGUCGAGGAUAG